GCCGACUGACCUCGGGCAAACUAGUGGCCCGCGUGGAUUCAGAAGAAAUAAGUAGACCAACGUCUUACGGUGCCCAUUGUCUGAAGUCGACCCUACGCUCUUGUGAGUGAAGGGCUAACACCCUCCUGGAGCCUACAGUCCACUGUCAAGACCGCCGGCAACCGCCGGCAAGCAAACCACAAUGGCGCACGAUCAUCAUGAGCCAGACUACAAAUUCCGAGGAUGGAUGGGCCUGGAUGAAAGCUCGGUGGAUGGAAACAUGGUGUUUCAAGAGUAUGAACCUAAACCACUUGAAGAAAGCGAUGUAGACAUCAAGGUCACACAUUGUGGGGUGUGCGGCUCAGAUGUUCAUACACUUCGUUCUGGCUGGGGCCCGACAUUAUACCCCUGCGUUACGGGACACGAGAUCGUUGGAAUAGUUGUGCGUGCUGGGUCGAAAGUCGAGGGCGGGCUUAAGCUCGGAGACCGUGUCGGCGUUGGCGCACAGAGUAUGUCUUGCCUCCAGCCUGAUUGCGAGCAGUGCUCGAACAAUAUGGAAUGUUAUUGCCAGAAUGCCAUGAUUCCAACCUAUAAUAGCAUUUACCCAGGGGGGGCCAAAUCCUAUGGUGGCUUUGCGGAUUAUUGGCGAGGUCCAUCACAUUUCGUGGUCAAGAUCCCCGACGCCAUUCCAUCAGACGUUGCUGCACCCAUGCUCUGUGCGGGUAUAGCGACUUUUUCACCGCUCAAGAAGUAUGGUGCCGGACCGGGCAAAACCGUUGGUAUCAUAGGUCUAGGCGGGCUUGGUCACUUCGGGAUCAUGGGUGCAAAAGCUUUGGAAUGCGACAAGGUGGUCGCAAUUUCUCGCUCAUCGGCUAAGAAGGAGGACGCGUUGAAGCUCGGUGCGACUGAUUUCGUGGCCACGGCGGACGGUGCAGAUUGGGCAAAGACUUGGUCCAACACGCUCGACCUAAUUCUGUGCACCGUUUCAUCCGCCAAUCUACCAUUGACACAGUAUCUGCAACUGCUUCGGGUCAACGGUCAGUUCAUCCAGCUGGGCUCACCAGAUGAAUCGCUACCAUCCUUCAAUGCAUUUGCACUGACGGCCAAAGGGGCGAAAAUGGGAGGGAGCAGUAUCGGCAGUCCCUCAGAGAUUCGAGAGAUGUUGGACUUUUUCGCCAGGAAGGGUGUGCGGACAUGGAACACGAACCUGCCUAUGCAGCAGGCAAAUAAGGCGAUCCUAGACCUUGAAGCGGGGAAAGCAAGAUAUAGGUACGUUCUCGUCAACGAGAACCACGUGUGAUGGUGGCAGAUUGUUGUGUUGUGCAAUCUCUCCUGCUCGUUCUCCGAGAAGUCCAUGUAAGGAAUUGAGCAAUGUACUCGAAAAGGCACUGAUUUGACUUUGAUCAGGGGGGUGUAGACUAGGAGAUCUUUUG